UCAUUGUUGUCAUCGUCCUCGUCAUCAUUAACGGCACCUCCAGCCGAGCACCCGAGGAUGCGCGUGCACGGGAGCGAGUCCGCGGGGCGGUGCGCGCGAGUGACGCGCCGGUGAACGCGCGAAGAAAUGAAAUGCGCGAGGAGGAGAGCCAUUAGGAGCCCGCCGUUCUCGGCGGAUGUCAUUCACCCUGCGUGUGCACCGUAAGAAGAGGAAAAAAAAAGAGGAGAAAAGAGGAAGAGGAGGCGGCGGAGGAGGAGGAGAAAGCAGGCACACCGCACCGCGGAAGAGGAUCCGAGCGAAGGAAACCCAGCGAGAGGCAAGGAGGGCUGAGCGAUCGCAAGAACGCGCGGUCCCAGUUUCGAGGCGUUCUCUCCCGGGUGGCGAAUCGAUUCCAAAUGAGUCCAGCCCGUCGAUCGAUCGAACGGAGAUUCGUCUGACGCAGCAUCGAGGUUUCCCUGGGCCGCGGGUGCUUCCGUAUCGAGAUACACCGACGAGAUCCGCCUCGCUCGCCUCGAUCCUCGGGGAAAGGGGGGGAAGGGCCGAUCGUGGACCCCUUUGGUGGUGUCCGCAGGGACGCAGAUGGGAGCUUGUCUGACAGGAGCCCCGUCAACCCCGUGCGACAAGAAUCGAACGUGUUCCCCGCGACCGACCUCACGAUCGACCUCACGACCGCCGCCCCGUCCGCCGCCGACGUCGCCCACCGACGUCGCCGUCGACCACGAGGUCCCCUCUUCUCCCACCCGAUUCGGUCGCACAAAUCCGAUCAAGCUGGAAUUGAUGGAGUUGGAGAACAUCGUGGCGAACACCGUGUACCUGAAAGCGAGAGAAGGUGGUGGCGACAGCAACAAGGGAAAGAGUAAGAAAUGGCGGAAGAUACUUCAGUUCCCACACAUUUCCCAAUGCAUCGGCCUAAAAGAUAAACUGGACAUCAGGUAUGGCUACGUGGUGGACCAGCAGCCGAUCGGGCGGCUGCUCUUUCGACAAUUCUGCCAGGACAAGAAGCCGGCCUACCACCGCUACAACCUCUUCCUGGACGCGAUCGAGAAGUACGAGAUCGAGCUGGACGAGAACCGCAUCGAUCUGGCGAAAGAGCUGUUCGAGCAGUACCUGAAGCGGGAGGGUUCGGAGGUGGUCGACAUCCUGAACGAUUCCCUGAUCUCGCAGUGCGAGGAGCGACUCAGCACCGGCGGCAAGGAGCUCUUCACCGAGGUCGCGCAGACCGUGAAGAACUUCCUGGCCGGCGAGCCGUUCUCAUCCUUCCUCAGUAGCUUCUACUUCUACAGGUACCUCCAGUGGAAAUGGCUGGAGGCGCAACCGGUAACGUACAAGACGUUCCGGAUGUACCGGGUGUUGGGCAAAGGCGGCUUCGGCGAAGUCUGCGCCUGCCAGGUCCGCGCCACCGGUAAGAUGUACGCGUGCAAGAAACUGGAGAAGAAGCGCAUCAAGAAGCGGAAGGGCGAGUCGAUGGUGCUGAUCGAGAAGAACAUCCUGCAGAAGAUCAAUUCCAAGUUCGUCGUCUCGCUCGCGUACGCGUACGAGACGAAGGACGCGCUCUGCCUCGUGCUGACGAUCAUGAACGGCGGCGACCUCAAAUUCCACAUUUACAACAUGGGCUGCGAGCCGGGUUUCGACAUAAAUCGCGCCCGAUUCUACGCGGCCGAGGUCGUGUGCGGCCUGGAGCACCUUCACCUUCAGGGUAUCGUCUACAGGGACUGCAAGCCGGAGAACAUACUGCUGGACGAUCAUGGUCACGUGAGGAUAUCCGAUCUCGGUCUCGCGGUCGAGAUUACGGAGGGCGACAUGGUGCGCGGUAGGGUCGGCACAGUGGGUUACAUGGCGCCCGAGGUGAUCGACAACGAGAAGUACACCUUCUCACCGGACUGGUUCAGCUUCGGCUGCUUGCUCUACGAGAUGAUCGAGGGUCAGGCGCCGUUCCGCGCACGCAAGGAGAAGGUCAAGCGCGAGGAAGUCGACAGACGUGUCAAGGAGGAUCAGGAGAGGUACUCGCCCAAGUUCAGCGAGGACGCCAAGAGUCUGUGCCAGCAGCUGUUGAAGAAGAGCCCGAAGAACAGGCUCGGCUGCAAGUGCGGCCGGCAUGGGGCGAAGGAGGUGAAGCUCCAUGGCUUCUUCCAGUGCCUGAACUGGAAGAGGGUCGAGGCCGGUAUGUGGGAACCGCCGUUUGUGCCGGAUCCUCGCGCGGUUUACGCUAAAGACGUUCUGGACAUUGAGCAGUUCUCCACGGUGAAAGGUGUCAAUUUGGACGCCACGGACGACACCUUCUACAGCAAGUUUAACACCGGCAGCGUGUCCAUUCCAUGGCAAAAUGAGAUGAUAGAGACUGAGUGUUUUAAGGAACUGAACGUAUUAGGUCCUAAUAACACGCCCACCCCAGACUUAUUGAUAAACCAUACACCGCCCAACAAUGACGACAGAGGUUGCUUUCCCUUUCGGAGAAAGAGAAAGCAGAGCGAUCGCACGAGGGAGAUCCCGCUGUCGGAGUGCCAUUUACUGGAACUGUCGCAAACGCAAAGUUCGGAGAUGCCAGCCAGCUGAUCCACGGUGAUCAAGAAUAACAGUCUGAAUCGAUUGACGUCGUCGUCGCCGUUUCGACGUUGCCGCCAUCCUGGCGGUGCGCGUCUGGGUGCCACUGGUUGCGGCUGCUGCGUUAAAAGCAAGCAGAUCUCAUUCUCCCUCUCGGUGGCAUCCGAAGCCACGACAGCUGUUCCUGAAAACGGCUGUACGGUUUGCAUAAUAAGAAGCCGCUUCGACCGCGGGGCCGAGGCGUCCUCUCAGGUUUAUUGGAGCGAGCUCAAAGAUUUGCUCCAGGAUAAAACGUACGUUCGCGCGAUUCUACGCGCGAGCAUACAGCUACGCGUGUGCGGCAAGCAAACGCGACACGCGGAACCCAAGCGCAUUGUAUGUUUCUGUCAAAUUCGAAUGACACGUUCGUUACCAAAUAUAUUUUCCUCGAGCUCGCACACGGGAACGCUCGACGUGGAGUUUUGCACGUGUGUCUGCGUGUAUCGACGUGUUUUAUCGAGCUUCGAUGUGUCCCGAUUCAUGAGUCGUGGGCGAGAGAAAAUUUAGGACGAUAUGUAGAUAGACAAUUGUGUCACUCACAGCGCGAUUACAUGGCACAUGUAAUAUUCUGAAUCCGACGGAAAUUUGAUUUUCAGAAUGCAUAGCGUAGCAGUAUUUCAUUUCUCAUUAAUUAUGAAAGGGCGCGCAAAGCCUUAAAAUCUCAAGUUUCGGCCUUGUUUUAAGUUGAGACGAACAAGUAUAUUUAGUUGUACAAACGGAUGCGCAAUCAUUUACGAAUACUUCUUCGACGUACUUAUGAAACUUUUUUUAAAAAUUAAUGAAUAGAAAAAUUUAAUUUAUAUUAAUUUUCAGAGAGAGUUUCUCUUGAGGUACAUCUUUAUUUCCUGACGCUUUAUUCUUAAUGAUCGAGGAGCUCGUUGUCAUCCCAUCGAAAAGAAUCACAUUGGCGCAUGGUCAACAGACGUGAUAAAUCAUGCUGUAACCUAAUUAUUCAUUUAUAUCCAAAUCGCUCUCGGUGCUUUUAAGUACUUGCCGAGAAUAUCGAGACCGUUGGCGUUCGCUCGCACGAUUUUUCGAUCGUCAACGAUCCCGACACUGUUCGGUAAGGUCGUAUCUGUCGGAGGCGAGUAAGCUACGUGGCCAAGAACUUCGGUCGCAACCGCGUUCGCGCUUCUAUGAUUUAUACACUCGCGCGAUAGGGUUUAAGAUGGGACCCGCGGGGGCCGAAAUGGAGUAGAGAGAGCUUUUGUGAGCGAGCGAUAACGAGCGCGCACGUGGGACGGACGGGUCGUAAAAGAGCACGUGAAGAGCACGGCGUUCGCCCGCUCCGUCCGCUUCCUCGCUCGCUCGUUUUCGCGUAUCGCGAUAUUAAGCUACCGGCAAACGGACACCCGACACUGCCGCGAGGUAAAUAAACACUCGCGCGCGUUUAUAAACGUUAAUCCGAUAUAUAUCCGGAGGCAUGUGUGGGUACGCGAUGCAGCGAGUUGACGGCGCCGAGAAGACGCUACGUCUAAGAGCCGCGACGAGCGAAUUAGCAGUGAAGUAUAUUGAUCUGGCGUUGCCAAAUGGAGACAUUAGGUAAAAUGAUAAAUGUUAAACUCACGAUAAAACGUUUGCGGGCAUUUCAUGGCGCUGUCACCAUACGGCAACAUGUAUUAUUAAUGGCAAAAAUAAUUUUCAUCUCGGACGUCGUUAACAUGUAUAAGUUGUGUUCAACCGCGAACGCGGAUUGGUGUUAUCUCUUAAUACUAGGCAAGCAUCCAGAAAAUAAGGAAUAAGAGAUAAUAUAUGAGAAUUGCGUCUGUCGACCAUUUGCAGAGAGACCGCGUUACAUCCGCAUCCUCCAUGGUAGUAUCUUUCAAAUCGUUGUAAAAGUUUUGCGCCAGUUUUCGGUAUAUCGAUUUUAUCGCGUUAUUUUUACACGAGAAAUCUAUCUCACGCAGGAUCAGUCCAGUAUUCGAGUCAAAUAUGAUGAUUUGGUGUUAAUAAUAACAUUAAGGAAGAUUCUAUUUUAAUCAAAAGUCUGAUUUGUAAAGUAGAUUCGUUAAGAGGAAAGAAAUCUAGUAUUAAAAUUAAGACUUCUCAGAUUCGUUCUGCCAAUUCAAGGGGCAGAGCUUUAACUUGCAGGACAUUUGGAAUCUCAGCAACGUUUUAUUCUCUUGAUUGCGUGUCACGUUAAAUCCCUGCACGUGCGCUUUCGAAAACACUGUUCGCGAAGCGAGCGAGAAGCUCUUACGAGUCGGAUUAACGGGCACACUCGGACAGUUCGCGAGCAAUUUGGCCGUUCUCCAAUUGCGAGUCGUGUGCCAACGUUUCGAGUUACCGCCGAAGACUUCGCGUCUGUUUGGCAGACAGUCGUCGCGAGUCAUCGUGUUGAAAACGUCGCCUCCCUCGCGUCGCGUAAAUCCGAACGUCGAUGCACCCGGAAUCCUCAAUCUCAUCGAGAAUCUCUUGCGAAACUCGACCCCGCCGUUUAAAAUAAUAUAUUGAAAAAUCGAUCGACGUCAGACAAAAAUAAUGAAUUGGGAAAUUUUAUUUUUACCGAAACGUCCUCCGUGUUGUCUAGCGCGAUAACAAAUUUCCGUCAUUUAUGAAGGGAUUUGCGGAGAUUAACUCGAUGACUGCUGUAUCAAGUGAACACAUUGUACGCAGUUAGUCUUGGAAAUUUGUUAUCAGUAUAGCUUCUCGUCGAGGAGAUACAAAGAUGAGUAGACGAAAUUAUUCAAUUAAAAUAAAUGUUUGAGGAGAGCCAUGUCGAUUUAUAAGCGGCACUAGAAAGCGUGUAAAUGAUAUCUCGUUUUUGUAUGUUAUUUUUUUUUAUUCGCCGGUGUCGUUAGAAAGAGAGACGCAUAAACGGUAGCAGAAACAGGUUCGCGCGCGCACAUACAAUUUCGCGUGCAUUAACGAGAAGUAUUCGAGAUAUUUAAGAUUGAGUUUUUCGAAUCGAUAAGCAAAAAUUUAGAUUAAUUUCGUAGAUUGAACGAAAAGUUCUAUAUUUAUUAUCGAUCAUUACGCCGAACUAACGAACUGAAUGUAAAUUGCAGAAUUCAGUUGUUAAUUGCGAUAUUAAUUAUUUGUUACGACAUUUUACAAAACGCACAAUUACGCCUAACGAUCGCCAUGUGAACAAUACUCCGAACAAAUUUCUCCUCAUGUAUAGCUCUAUAAAAGUAAUUAUUUUUUAUGAUGAUUACACUAAAAUAGUCAUGGCUUAAUUUACGAGGCCGAGAAUAGUUGAAGAGUGUAGGUCAAAUGUCUCUUAAAUAGGUGUCAGGAAAAUGUAUUACUCCUAAACGUGUACUUUCUUUUUGAUAUAUUGACGUUUUCCCUAUGUUAAAUACUACAAGUAUUAAAUACAAAUAAGAAGUAUGAAACAUUGACACAUAUCAUAUUUUAAGAAAAUAUUAAGAAAAAUUCUAUUUGAUUUGUCUUGCUGUACGUACAGAGAACUAAGCGCACAAGUUUUUAGUAAGCAAAUGUGAUUUGAUAUCUCUUUCCCUUAUAACUCGGAGUAUCGUUUCUGACACUUGACUGAUAUUUGACGUUCAUUUCUUAUCCGCGUAAUAUCGGACAUUUAAAUAGGGAGAUGCAUGUUUCAGCAGAACGAUGAGUGACUGAAUGAUUCAAGUUGACCGGUAAUUAAAUUUCCUCGACGUCAAUGCGGCCUUAAGUCGUCAGUGUGUACAUGUAUCGCACAAUCUACGUGAGAAACACUAUUUUAUCUGCAACCACUCGAGAUCAGUGUUGCUGUAAAACAUGUUAAAGGGGUCAGUUUUACGACGGUGUAAAAAAGAUCACCUUUCGUCGGAUAAACCUCAAGGUGGGUACUAUGUCAUAAAUAUAAAUCGCACCCCCCCCCCCCCCUCUGUGCGAAUGCGAAAGUACUGUAUUCGCCAAACAGGAAGACAGAAAAAUCUUGAAUUCUGCCUAAAGAAAUUUGUAAACCAACCUUGAAGACCAAUUAAUAAUUAAUAAUUUACGACUUGUGUAAAGAUCGUAAAUUAUUACUUAUUUCACAAAGAAAUGUAAAUUUCUGCGAAUUUGUUCAAAUUUAUUGAUCUUCAUGGAGAGAACUGCUUACAUUAGAUUGCUAGUGAAAUUAGCGAAGAGCGAACAAUUUAUAGUCUUCUAACGUAUCGCCGAUUUGUGGUUCGUUUAUUCUCUUUGCCGGCAACGCACGAGUUCACUCAGCGUGGAGAAUCUGUCGUAAUCUUUUAACUGUGAUUUCUCGAAGUGUCCUGUUUAAUCUCGUUAGUAUACCGAACGUUUCAGUAAUAUUUUUUAAGACGUUACUUCCUACAUCGUUCUCCUAUCGUUUAUACACACCUGUUUCGCAUUAUUUAUAUAACAACGCGGAUAAGGGAGAUACUCCGCUCUGACGAGGUCUACUUGUAGAUAACGAUGCCCCACUACUAUAUAUAUUCGCCAGAAGAAUACCAAAUUAUUUAAUAAUUUUUCUAAGCAUAAAUAAGCGCGCAAACCCUCUUAUUCCCAAUAGAAAUAUACAUAUAUUUUUCUGUCUGUGUACGUAGCGUAGGUAGGUAGGUAUACAUAUACGAUAGACUGCUGAAUAUACACUUUUGCAAAUAGUAUUCGUUUCUCUUGUACAAUUCGUAUUUAAAUUAUUAUGGAUCUGUGUAAGCAUUUCAUUUACGCGAGCAUAUAGACGUAUAUCUAAUUCAUAAAUGCGCGAGUGUCUGUGUGUGGACGAAUGGGUGGAUAAAUAUGUGAAAUAUUGCUAUUUAAUCUGAUCCAACAAUUUUCGAAAUGUACAUACAUAAAUCAUAGAGCAUAUUUAAUAUAUGCGUAUGCGCGCGCACGCGCGUUUGUAUGUGUGUAUCUGUGCGUGUUAAAUAUUCUCUGUGAUUAAAAUGUCGUCGAAGCCGCACACUUCGGAUCACGUUAAAUAACUCUCGUUUCCCGACUAUCACAUAAUCAUACGGACGUGAAUUCUCUCGUCGACCCCAGUUCGAGGCCAGAUCUAAUCGAGUAACGACCAUCGAUGAUAAAUUAAUGGCUAAUAUAAUUAAUAAUGUUAAAUUACCGACUAAGGUGAUGGGUAUGUCCCCCGCGUUAAUAUUCGCCGUGUCGCGCUACAGUCAUCGUUCGAUAGUCAUUCCAUCCUAUCACGUGUGUAACGCAUCUUCGUUCUACCCUUGCGGAACGGUAGAAGGAUCCGAGAUGAAUAAUUAGACGAUUAGCUAAAUAUAUUCGAAUAGGUAUGUCGCUUGUCCGUAUCUAUCGGUGUACGGGCGGAGAAUUUUUCAGAGAGUCAGAAGUACCCCGAGGGUACGCUACCGUCAUUGUCGGGUCGGAAGACGAGCGACGGUAGAAGUGUGCAGGUAGCGAUCGCUGGCCUCGCGGGAUGCGAGCGGGCUAAAUUUUCUCGUUCCGACCGCGCAUCUGUCAUCGCGGCGGCGGCGUGUGACAGCUCCGAGUACCGCGCGGUCUCGAAAUGUGCCAGUAAUUUAGGACUGAUCGACAUAGGUAGGCAAGAAAGAAUGUACCACUUUAUUAUUGUUUUAUAUUAUAUUUUAUAUAUCUCACUCGGGUAUUUUUCUUUCCGUACGACGUCUGUCUCCCGCAAUUUUGCGCACCGCUAAGAAACUAGGGACCCCGUCGUUAGCGCAAAGGCGAUAAGUCGCCAAGUCUCGAAUUGAUAGCGCGACCCUCUUCCGUGUACACUGAAUAUGUGAACGAUUACUUCGGGUACGCGACGAUUCGUUUAUCGCACCGAUAAAUUUCUGCUUGUAUCACUGGAUGAGUAAUGUUACACGAGGAGGCCGACUGUUCCGUGUAGAUACGAGGGGUUCUCGGAGCGAGGUCCAAAUAACAAUCGCAUAACAUUAAAUGGAACAUGUCAACCCUUCUAUGAGUACGUGUGAGGUUCCGACUCGUUCCAUCAAGUAGUUCAUUUUUCAUAGAUGUUUAAACGAACGUAUCUACACGAGAGAUGAAUACACUCCAAGUGCUGCGAUCAAAUGUUUUAUGAGGAGGGGAUCAUUGGCAAAUGACAUUCGUACUGAUCUGCAAGACAAGCUCUGAAAUAAUCCUCGCGAAAUAUCCGAUCACAGCCCGCAGUUUAUUCAUCUUUCAACAAUCACGCAGAUACGUUCGUUCAAAGAUCUAUGAAAAAUAUUAACUAUGUGAUGGAACGAGUUGGAAAUGUACGCGUACGUUCAUAAAAGGGUUGGAACUUUCCAAAUGUUAUUUGUACUUCGACAAUUUUUCAGAUGGCCCUCGCACAGUGAUAAUAGGUCUGUUUUUUUUAUAGCUAAACUGGCUGCACUAGUUCAGAGUUUAUCUUUUUCCCUCUACAUUAGAAGGAGAAAGAUAAACUCUGAACCAGUGCAGCCAGUUCAGCUAUAAAGAACAGGCCCAUGAAUAUUGAUAUCGAUAGGGAUUACUCAAGCACGGACGUAGAUGUCUGUAUUGCUCUAAACAGUGAAAAUAGUACGUAAAAUUACAAGUACAGGUACAAUACAAUUAUGUACAACAAGCGUAAAAUGUAUAUGAUGGGUUUUUACACUUGUUACUUGUGUCGUCUUACGUACCAUUUUUACGAUUUACGAUGGCAAAAGAAACGCCGUCGGGGCAUUACAGCAUCGCCGUACGUAUCUACAUCUCGUCUCUCCAUUCAUCUUUCCUCUCUCAUCUUCCACGUCCGUUGCCGUCAACACCUGUAAUAAACGCCUCGACGCUUCCGCUGUGAUGUCGUAUUUGCCGUGCCAAGAUAAUGAAGAUAAUUGAUUGACUCGCGGUAGUGUUAACGCGUAAUAGCAAUAGUGUACAUAUAUAAGCGAUUCAGAGACCCUCAAAGUAAUUGUGGCACCGCCGGCGAUCUUUCAGCGAUGAGGACAGUGGAGCAGUUGCAGGAUCAUUGAAAGACGACGAUCUCUUCAAUGAUCUCUUUACGCUGUAAAAUUGUUCAAGAUCUAUCGCGAGAUAUUUUACAUAGAACCAAGAACUGGCUCCCACGAAUUCAUUGGAAGAUAGUGGGCUUCUGUCCUCAUCUUUCGCACGAUUUUAAUUAAUUUUACUGUCGUACCGCAUCGCGUAGCGUCGCGUACCCCGAAGUGUCCGGGCCUUUGUUUAUGACGCUGUCGUCGCAACGGGAGACCGUCGCAAAUCAGCUCGCCGCAGAGUUAAUGUGUAAUUAUUGUGACGUCGUCCUGUAGAUUAGAGCGUGCGAUAUUUUAGUCAGGCGAGUUUCACUUCCGCACGAAGACGCAUUUACAGGCGUUUGGUUUACCGCUGACCGCGAGUCUCGCGGAAGCCUGUCGCCGGAAGGCAACCGAGAGCCCAGUUAAGCGCCUUAAAUGGUUAAUUUAAAACGUUUAAUUAAGCUGACUAAUUAACGACUGUGCGUGAUCGCUUGCAUCCUUCCGAUUUGACCGCUCGAGGGAAGGAGAAAGAGUACCGGGGAACGAUCGUCAGGCAAUGAUCGUUUCGCAAUUCGACACGCUCGUAUAAAUUCUUUUUUUUUUAUACUUGGGAACUCCUCGCGAUAGAUUUUUUUUACUAUGCGACUUUAGCAACUGUGCGCGGUUUUGCGAGCAAUUGAAUGCCUUCGGAACGCUUCUUGACGCGGAUCUUCAGUAAGUUUUAAGUAGGCCGAUAUCCCGAUUCCUUUCGCAAGUCGACAAUCCUCGGAGGACGAACAGCGAACAGGAAAAUGUAAAAUAGCAUUCUUUCUGUUCCACGGCAAGCCAAAAAUGAUGAAUAUUCUUGUUUCUUUUUCUUUCUUUUACAAUUUCGACACGUUGCGUUUCGAUACGACUGCUGUGGGGAAAAAGCUAUAAAUACUAUACAUAUAAAUAUAUAUAUAUAUAUACAUAUAUAUUACCGUGUGUAAGUUAUAAAUACGCGGAUAUCUACUGUAUUUAUAACUUAUAUGUUUAUACACAUGCAAAUAUAGACACGUAUAUAACCAGA